CUUGGUACUCUUGGCCGUUGGAUAAUUUCGUAAAUUCUGUGAUUUUUUCAAGACUUCAACGCUGCUGUCAACAAUGGCAGAAUACCGAGAAAGACCACCCCAGGAAUCUACGAUACAGCAACCACAAGAACUUGUCGACACUCAAGACUAUUCCAACCAAUAUUCAUUCUCAAGACUGGUUAUAAUUCUUGCGGCGCUGGCAUUUACUCUCUUUGUUUCUUUCAUAGAUCAAACCAGUGUUUCGACGGCACUGCCAGCAAUUGCCAAAUCGCUCGAUGCGUACGAGUCGAUAUCAUGGGUUGGCACCUCAUUUCUGGUUGCAAAUACGUCGUUUCAACUGAUAAAUGGCCGGUUAAGUGACAUAUUUGGUCGGAAAAACUGUCUCAUGACUUGUAUGGCUCUGCUUGCAAUCGGAGACUUGCUGUGUGGAUUUGCAAAGACUCCAGCGCAGCUAUAUGUGUUUAGAGGAAUUGCUGGUGUUGGUGCUGGUGGAAUUAAUAGUUUGGUUAUGAUCAUGUUCACAGACAUGACGACCCUAGAGCAGCGAGGAAAGUACCAGGGACUUCUUGAGACCAACAUAGCUUUAGGAAAUGGAGUUGGACCCCUAAUAGGGGGCGCCUUCUCACAGUCAUCCGCAACAUGGCGAUGGGCAUUUUGGUUCGUCGUGCCAGUCACAGUGAUGGCAGCAGUGCCAACCUACCUCACUUCACCCAAAAGCAAGUUGGUGGGAAAUAUGUCUGAGAAGCUGAGAAUGAUAGAUUAUGGAGGCAUGGUGCUCAGUCUCUCUUGUGUCAUUUUCCUGCUUAUUCCCAUUUCAUCCGGCGGAACCACGUGGAGCUGGUCAUCACCUCUCAUCAUAUCUUUUCUUGUGAUCGGAGCCUGUCUUGUAGUAUUAUUCGUCGUCUUCGAAUGGAAGUAUGCCAAGUAUCCAGUUAUGCCUCUACGAGUAUUCGACAGGCGUUCGGCAAAGAUCCUCUUCAUGCACAAUCUCUUAACCGGCAUAGUUUAUUACUCGGACCUUUAUUACCUGCCGUUAUAUUUCCAAGUCGUCCUUGGCCAUUCACCCUUGGAAUCUGGCCUGCUUAUCCUGCCACUUAUCCUCGGAUUCUCAGCAUCUUCCACAACGGCUGGAUUUCUCCUUUCCCGCCUGGGACGCUGCAAUCCUGUUAUCUGGGCUGGCUACGUGAUGUGGACUGCAGGCGCAGGAACCCACAUCGCCUUCGGAUCGUCGACUAGCAUCGGAGUCACCAUUGGAUGUCUUUUGGUCGAGGGAUUCGGUAUCGGAUUUUCGUUCCAGCCAGUUAUGAUCGCACUACUGGCUAAUACCAGGAAAGAAGACCGAGCCGUUGUUACUGGAAUGCGUAACUUUAUCAGGACUGUCGGUGGGGCAAUCGGACUGGCCAUCUGCGCAGCAAUUAUCAACAACGUGCUGCAGGCUAACCUACCACCGUCCAUGCCAAGUCAGAGCGGGAUGGAAAUGAUCGGCAAGCUGGACCAAUUGACUCCGGGGGAGCAGAGCGCACUCAGGGAGGCGUACAUGAAGGGUUUGGACAUUGUAUUCCGUCUCGCUUGCCCGUUGAUAGGAUUCUGUCUUCUCACAAGCGCGGCGUUGACUGAUGUUCCGUUAGCAACGGCACACGAACCGCAGGAGCAAAGCGGGCCUGCAAUCGACGAGAAAGACUCGGGGGCUGCAAGUUCCUCACCUGCAAAAACUGAGAUCACAAUUGAUGUGGACUUGCAAAGGAAAUGACG